GACUUUGUAUUUCUACUAGUAAAAUGAAAGCAAAAUGAGAAUGACAUGAAAGGCGCUAGAUUUUAGGAAGUUACAUUAUUUAACCAUCUAGCACAGAAUGCAGUGGGUUAGAGAAUCAAAGGCUCGAAUGGACUUCAAUGAAUCUGAAGAUGACAGCACUGUCAGAAAACCCUGUGUGUUUGAGACCUACAAGAAUCAUAAAAAUAUAGGCAAAUGUCUGAUCAUCAGUAAUGAGCACUUCAAUGGAGCUCCACGUUUGCACAGGAACGGCUGUAGAGUAGAUGAAGAUUUAUUACUGAGUACAUUUCAGUCUUUGGGCUUCAAUGUACAGUUGGAACGAAACCUGUCUGCUGAUCAAAUGAUUGAAGCACUGAGAAAAGUGUCUAAAGAAAACCACACUGACAUGUCGUGCUUCGUGUGUGUACUGAUGAGCCACGGAGAAGAAGGAACAAUUCUAGGAUCAGAUCAGUGCUCGAUUCCUGUCAAAACUCUGACCAUGACCAUGACCUCUGACCUCUGCCCAACUUUAAAGGGCAAGCCCAAACUCUUCUUCCUGCAGGCCUGCAGAGGGAUGAUGUAUGACCAUGGUGUUGAAGCAGACAGUGAAGAAGCACCGGGGGAUUUUAUUGGAAUUUCCGAUGUUCCGGAAGUUGAUUUUCUUUGCUGUUAUUCCACAGUGGAAGGGUAUUUCUCAUGGAGGAGUCCACAGAAGGGUUCUGUGUUUAUCUGUGAGCUUUGCAAGAUGUUAAUGGACUGCCAUCUAGAGGUCAUUCAGAUUCUGACAAGAGUAAACCACAGUGUGGCAAAUCACUUCCAGUCUUACACCCUCGAUUCAGCAACUAAUAAAAAAAGACAAAUGCCAUGCUUUGCAUCCAGACUGACCAAAGAUUUCUACCUUCAUGCUCCCGAGAAGAAGAAACGAUAACUUUUUACACUGAAAAAAAAAGAUUAAUUCAAUUUACUAAUUUUUUAAGGUAAGUGGUUGCAAUCAUU